UCAUAGUUCGCAUUCCUUAAGGGCAUUGUAGCAGGAUUCUCUUCCUGUAGGGCCCCCAGGUGAACUCGUUCAGUCUCGAAUCGCACUGCUGGGUUUAUUACCUUCAAGGAGGACAUCGUGUUAAAGUAACUGUUUGAGGUAACUACAGACAUAAUGCAUUCCCAAAUAAAGUACUUGGUGCGCCUGAAGCCCUGUGCUCCUGUUCACAGCAAGAGGAUACUCGAGAGGAAACUGUGGUCUUUCUGUGAAACAAAACAACAGCAACUAGAAGGAGGCGUUUGCGCGACUGGAUCGCAUGCAGCUGCAAGAGAAAAUGCGUUUUUCGGAUUUCAGCGCUGCAGAAACUAUGCAUCCGACUGCGCAUAUAGCCAAGCCUUCGCUUCGGCGAGGGACGACCCGGAAACAUUUUGGGGUGACAUGGGCCAGAACAUAAGCUGGUUUGAGCCGUGGAGCAAAACUCUGAAAGUUGAGGACCCGGUGUUUCCAAACUGGUUUGUUGGGGGGAGGUUAAACAUGUGCUUCAAUGCUGUGGACCAUCAUGUUGAAAAUGGCCGUGGAGAGCAGCCAGCCAUCAUUUAUGACAGCCCAGUGACUGGAACUAAAAAGAUCAUCACCUUCAGAGAACUUCAGGACCAGGUGUCCAGGUUAGCAGGAGUCCUCGUGAAGAAUGGGGUGCAGAAAGGAGACCUUGUUGUUAUCUACAUGCCCAUGGUGCCCCAGGCCAUGUUCACCAUGCUGGCCUGUGCACGGAUUGGUGCUCCGCACAGCCUCAUCUUUGGUGGCUUUGCUUCCAAGGAGCUGUCAGUCCGCAUUGAUCAUGCCAAACCCAAGCUGUUGGUGACAGCCUCGUUUGGCAUAGAGCCAGGCAGAAGAGUUGAGUACAUCCCGCUGGUGAAGAAGGCCCUGGAGAUGUGCUCUCACAGACCCUCCAAAGUCCUCAUCUACAACAGGUCCAACAUGGAGAAAGUUUCACUCGAUCCAGAGUCGAGUCUGGACUGGGACCAAGAAAUGGCCACUUCUCAUCCACAUGACUGUGUUCCUCUGCCCUCCAACCAUCCUUUGUAUGUUCUCUAUACAUCUGGGACCACAGGGACACCAAAGGGCGUUGUGAGAGACACUGCAGGCUAUGCUGUUAUGCUGAAAUGGACCAUGUCAAAUAUUUAUGGACUCAAUCCUGGAGAUGUUUGGUGGGCUGCGUCUGAUCUGGGCUGGGUGGUUGGCCAUUCCUACAUCUGCUAUGGUCCUUUACUCCAUGGUAACAGCACCAUUCUAUAUGAGGGAAAACCAGUUGGUACUCCAGAUCCUGGAUCGUUCUUCCGUGUCCUGUCUGAACACGGAGCUUCCUCCAUGUUUACAGCACCCACUGCAAUCCGGGCCAUUCGGCAGCAAGACCCCAACGCUACAGUUGGGAGAAAAUACCCUUUGACCAGGCUACGGACAUUAUUCGUGGCAGGAGAGCGAUGUGAUGUUGAGACACUGGAAUGGGCAAAGAAGGGCUUUGGGGUUCCAGUUCUGGAUCACUGGUGGCAGACAGAAACUGGUUCAGCUAUAACUUCCUCCUGUAUUGGCCUGGGUAACUCACUCACGCCACCUGCAGGCCAGGCUGGAAAACCAGUUCCAGGUUAUAAUGUCACUGUGAUUGAUGAUGACAUGCAGGAGGUGAAGCCAAGAACUCUGGGAAAUAUUGUGGUCAGACUGCCUUUACCACCCGGAGCUGCACUGUCCCUGUGGCAAAACCAGGAUUUGUUCAAGGAGCUCUACUUCUCCACGUUCCCAGGAUACUAUGACACAAUGGAUGCUGGCUUUUUAGACAAAGAAGGUUUCCUUUACAUCAUGUCCCGGUCUGAUGAUGUCAUCAAUGUGGCAGGUCACAGGCUGUCUGCUGGAGCAUUAGAGGAGUCAGUGCUUCUGCACUCUGCAGUGGGAGACUGUGCUGUGGUGGGCCUUGAGGACACUCUGAAAGGCCAUGUUCCUUUGGCGCUGUGUGUACUUAAACAAGGUGUGCAUAAAACUAAGGAAGAAAUCAUAAAGGAGAUUGUGAAGCUUGUGAGAGACAACAUAGGACCUGUGGCCGCCUUUAGGAAUGUUCUCUUCGUCCACGGGUUACCAAAGACCCGUUCUGGAAAAAUCCCCCGUUCUUCUUUGGCCAACCUGAUCAACGGCAAACCCUACAAGAUUACUCCAACCAUUGAGGACCCAGAAGUGUUUAAAGACAUUGAGAGGCAAGUACAAAACGUUCUGAGACGAGGUGCAGCUUGAACACACCGGUGGCAAAGAAAACCGAGGCUUGAAAACCGGACUACCACUUUACUCCGUUUACAUUGUGUAGUUGAAUGAAUGUGAAAGCAUUUGGAAAAAUUAGGCAUCCCGACUAAUACAACUGAUGGACCUUAGAGCAACAUUAAACAAUGUGUGUCUGCCCUUCGGCUUUUAAUACUUGAACAUUAAUGCUGAUUAUAGGCCAUUAAGAAAGUUUUAGUGGUAAUUCAGUAGAAUCUUAUGGUUAAAUCCCAACAAAUCUAGCUGAAAUUGGUUGAGAAACAUUUUUCAGUUUUGGUUCAAAUUCAAAAAUGUUUUUCCAAUAUAAACAAAGAAACAUGUUUCUAAACAACUAUACAUGCUUUGUCAGGAUCAGUAUUUCUCAUGUCUUAUUUACACAUUUUACAACGGCGCUUGAUUAACUCUUUUUAGAUUAUUGAACAAACCAAUCACAGUGUGGGUUUUUAAACAGUUGACAAAAGUAACCAGUGAGCUGUACUACAGAAAGUCAGGUUUCUGUGUAAUGAGGUGGAUCUGUUUGAGUCAGAGAUUUGGUGUAAAACAUCAGACUGGGACUGCAUUUGUUGUUGGACAUAUUGAAUGUCACUGAUUAAUAAUAGCCAAUCAAGGAACGACUACAAGUACUUGUAGUGUUGAAUAAAUGAUUAUCCUGCAUUUAGACUUAA